GCGGUGGAAGCUAGUUGGAGAGAGCGCCCGUGAGGGAGGAGGGCGAGGGGAAUGCCUGGGAUUAGCCGUGCGUCUGGCUGCAGGCACCUCGUCAGGGCUGGAGAAAGGAAGAGAAGAAAUAGACGAAGACUGGGGACGGAGGAUAAUAAGGACCGUGGGGGGGGGAUUCAUGUCUCGUGCGGCCUCGCGGAUAGGGGGCCGCGUGGCUUCUGAAUACCGCCUCGUGCCGACCACAGGAGUGGCGGACUUUGGGGCGGAAAGCGCCUUGGAUAGCUGGAUGCAAAAGAGGACAGGGCUCGUGAACCAGCAGUGGUUGUUAAAAGUGUUCAAGCGCUAUGUUGAGAUUGGCCGAGUUGCCUAUAUUUCCUUCGGGCCCCAUGCGGGCAAGCUGGUAGCGAUUGUGGAUGUUAUUGAUCAGAACAGGGCAUUAGUAGAUGGUCCCUGCAGCGGUGUCAGAAGGCAAGCUAUGCCCUUCAAGUGCAUGCAGCUAACGGACUUCGUUCUCAAGUUUCCUCACAGUGCUCGUCAGAAGUAUGUGCGAGCUGCUUGGGAAAAGGAAAACAUUAACGAGAAGUGGAAAUCCACCAGAUGGGCACAAAAAAUUGAAGCCAGGGAGAAGAAAGCCAAGAUGUCUGAUUUUGAUCGCUACAAGGUCAUGAAGGCCAAGAAAAUGAGAAACAGGAUCAUCAAGCAUGAAGUAAAGAAGCUCCAAAAAGCAUCUGCUCCUCCCAAAAAAGCAUAAACUGUCAGCAAAUAAAAUUUCAGUUUAAUGUA